UCAGUUGUCAACAAUUAUCUGUUAUCUUGGGGUGAUGAAAGAACCCGUGAACCAGAAAAUAUUUCGACAUUGAUAAGCAAGUCUUCGUGCGAGAUCAUUUUUUGAUUUUUUAAUUAUGUUUAUUAGUGCCUCUGAGGCUUUUAGUUUUGAUUCAAGUACUGAAAGUAGUGGUAAUAGUGACGAAGCAAUGCCUGCUAUAAUGAGUAGUACAUCGAAUUCGUUGUUAAGUAGUAAACGUUCCGCCAGUAGCGCGUCCGAGGCCGAUUGCUACAACAUGUCUCUGGGAGCCGGGCCUCUGUGGUGGUCCGAUGCCCCUGGGGAAACCAGGGGCAAUUCGCCGCCCCCGCUGCGGCUGACUUUCCGCACCGCCCGCCAUCCCUGGGAGGCAGUACUUAAGGGACGCACGCUCUACGUCGCCCUUCCCCCGCAAGUACUUCCCGAGGGAUCUCGCGAGGCGUUCGUCGCGCUGCUCGAGGCCGCCGAGGAGCAACUUAAAUGCGAGCAUGUCGUUGUGGUAUUCGCCGCCGAUCGACCGGACAGAGCCGUAUUAGUCCGAACUUUUAUGUUCUUGGGCUUUGCGGUAUUGUCUCCCACGUCUCCGUUGGUGCCGCCAUCUAUGGCCAACGGCAACGUAUGCAUGCUCUACAACAUCGAAUGAAAAGCUCCAAAACGAAAGCCUCGGACGUCGCAAGUUUUGUUCACGUUUUUAACCUAUUUCGAGUAGAAAUUCGCAAGUUAGAUGGCGCUGUACAAUAAUUCCAAUAUUUAUUUUAAAGUCUAGCAAGCUAUCUAAAGACGGGAUCCCAUGGAGUAUGGCGUGGCACACUUCACCGGUUUGCGUCGGCAAAGAGAAAUAGAAAAUACAUAAUAGUGAAAAGAAAAGAGACCACGUUACUGUGAAAUUAAUAAAUAUUUACUUUUUGAAAAAAUCGAUUGCACCAUCUUGUCCCCUAGAGUCUAGAGUAUCAAGGUACACCACCAGUGUUGGCGGUAGAUAUUUUAGUAGGUUGGUUAAUUCAAACAAUGAGAAAAAUUACAACACACCAUCGUUAGACCACAAAAUUAUCAACUUUGAACUGUGCUCAUUUACCGACAAACGACCGGACAAGUCACCCCCCUCCGCUCAGGCCAUAAAUAAAGAAUUUGGUCUUUGUUCAAGUUCAAGGAUAGUAAAUCACACGUUCUGAGAGAAAUAACGCUAUUUCACGUUGCGCUGUUACCGUAUUUAGUUUUAUCUUUUUCUAUUACAUAUUUUUUGUUUCGCAAGGCGUGCCACGGCACGUUCUGUUGGAUCCCAGCUUAAGCGACUCGUUAAUAUUUCAUAAAACAAGACCAUUUCAUAAAACAGGUAAAUCCCUUGUUUAUGGAAUUUCACACCUAGAACAACAGCAUCCCACUCAGCUGAAUAUGAAUGAGUCUCUUAGAUAGCGUGUUAGACUAUACAACGACUAAAGAAUACGCUGCAUUCGUUUUUAAACUUAAACUUCAAAUUUGUUUUUCUCUAGCUGUAGAUUUUAAGUAUUUCUGUAACAGUAAAAUUUGAGUAAUUUCAAAUGAUACAUUAAACGAUCUAAAUAUUUACCUAUAUAAUCUGUAAUGAAAUUGUACACCACCAUUGCUUCUCCUUUUAUGCUACAUUUUUUGAAGGAGUUAUAGUGCUUCAACUACAUAUUUUGAAGAGAUUCAUUUGGGUUUACUUUGUUUUAACCCGUUUCGUCAUAAUUUUUAUAUUUUUUUGCAUUUCCCUUAUGCUUCCUUCAGAAAUUCGCUCUUUUAACGUUAUUGUAGUUGCAGUAGAACAAAAUAAUUUAAAAAUGUUUAACAACAUCAAAAGGACGGUCGGUACUGAAGAACUAUUUUAGGUUAGAGAAGAUUACCCUUGAAGAAAAUGUAGCAGACAAUGGUUUUAACUUGUUUUGUAGCUUUUGUGAUGUUUCUCUUUAAAUUUAAAACGUAAACACAGUAUCUAGAUUCGACAUAAAUCAAAACUUUUAUACUUUGUGUUGUGAAAAUUUAAAAUUGUUCAAUUUAAUGUUUGUGUUCCACUGGGUUGUUUUAUUUUAUUACUUAUUUUUGUAAAUUUUUAACCGAAUCGGUACUGUGUGGUACAUUCAAAGCUUAGGUUAAGUGUUAAGUAUAGUAUAUGCUUAUGUAGAUAUCCAACGAAUGUGAACAAAACAAGACGAAAAAUACUAGAUUUAGUGCGGAAAGUUUAUUAAGCCCCUUCAACAAAAAUGCGUAAAAUAAAAAAAAAUGUCUAAAAUGUCGAAAAUAACAAAAAAAAAUAUGUAUUACGGUUAAUUAUUAUUUUUAAGUAUAUGAUAUCACUUUGUUUAUAAAUAUUCAUACCAAUAUCUGUAUCGUUAAGAGUGGAGAUUAGAAUUAGGUAGUUCUUGUGAGUUAUACUUUAUUUUCAGUGUAAUACUAUUUCUUACGUAAUAAAUUAGUUAAUAUUAACUUA